AUGGCAGCAUUUGGGCAGAAAAGAUUCCCACGGGACGAGGGAUUUUCUGGGUUUGACUCUGAAACCAGGGUUGGUAGUACUGGGAUUCUGUCGUCAUUUGAGUGCAGCUACCUUCUUAAGUACAUUGAGAAACGAGACGAUGCCAGAUCGGGGUCUAAUCCCUGGGCAAUACGCCAUGCACUGAUUCACCAGAAGGUCUCGCUUGAGGAGAAGAAACUGUCCCAUAUCCUCAUCAGACUUCCAAAGACCGUCAAGAAGAUACUUAGUUCAAGUGUGCUGAACAAGAGCGGCGAAUGUUCAAGCUUUAUCGCUGACUGGACGAAUCUUCACAUAGCAUGUUUUAGCAGUGUAGAUCAUGAUCUACGCCAAUUUAUCAACUAUCUUGAUGAGGAGAUUGACAAGCUGUUCAAGCGCGUGAUUAUGGCUGGCGUGGAGCCUGGCAAGCUCAACGAGUUUGACACUCUCAACAGCACGACCAAUGACUUCAAAUCACUUCAAUAUCUCUCUGACCAACUAAGAAGAGUAAUAAACAUCAUUCAGCUCAAUACUUUGACCUUGGUGUGUUUCAAGCAAAAGAUUCAGGACUUGGAAACACUUCCCUUCCAAACCUCUUCUCAACCUGAUUCUCUCAAUACACUCUUGAAAAAGCUGUGCAAUAUCCAGAACGAACAUCAGUUUAGUAUUUUGAGUGCUUCUACAGUUUUAGAACGUGCAAAGGCCAUCUCGGAUCAGCUUAGAGACACCGUGUCCAUGAGGAACGGGGAGUUCAACAGAACAAAUACAGAGAUGACGAGUCGCAAUACUUCUGCCAUUGUUAACUUGUCAGACAAAUCAAGCAGAGAAGCCCGCGUGGUCAAAACCCUGACGGUGUUGGCCAUGGUGUUCGUACCGGCUGCGUUUACAGCUGACUUUAUACAGAUGGGGUUCAUAACUAUAGAGCAAGAGUCCCCUAUGAAGUGGUCUGCAGACCCUGACCUGAAGAUAUACGCCAUUUUAGCUAUCCCGUUGAUAACCAUUACGAUGAUGAUUUACAUGCUGGUGGAGUUCAUUCAGAGGGCACGAGAAAAGGAUGAGAAGGUCAAUGAACAGUUUCCUGUAUAG